AUGGACACGAAAGAGGUAUGGAAGAUCGCGCGGCCGUACUGCUCCGGCAUUCGCUGGGUUGGUCUUAACAUCACAGCCGGAAGAGCUGCAAGCUCCCACCGGUUCUCCGCCAUUGAAGGGGUGAGUGGUAGAAAGGAAGAGGAAGGAAAGAAUUCGCGCGCAGGGUAUUGCUCCGGCAAUUCGCCUGGGUGUGGUCUUAACAUUCACAGCGGAAGUGCUCUAAGCUCCCACCGUCUCACGCCCAUUGUAAGGGGGGAGGGAGACAAGGAGAGGAGGGAAAGAUCCGCGCGGUGCGUGGCCAGUUUGUUAGUACUCCCCGGCAUUCGCCUGGUGUUGGUCUUAACUACAGCGGGAAGUGCUCUAAGCUCCCACCGGUCUCACGCCAUGUGUGGAAGUGCUGGGCAUAUAGUGAAGAGGAGGGGGAUAAGUAUCGGCCGCGGUGCGGUGCGCCCGUUUGUUAGGGUACUUAUCACGGCUUCGCCUGGUGUUGUCUUAACCAUCGCAGCGAAUGCUCUAAGCUCCCCAAGGUCUCCGCCAUGUGUGGGGUUUGAAAAGAUGCGCGCGCGGGUCCGUGGCCGUUUGUUACGAGACGGACGCGAUGAAGAGAGAGAGAGAGAUGAAGAGAGAGCGAGAUGGACAGAGAUGAAGAGAGAGAUGGAGAGGCAAGACGGUGAGAAGGAGAGAAACGGAGAGAGUGAGCGAGAUGGAGAGGGAGAGGAGAGAGAGAGAAAGAGCGUGAGUGGGAGAGAGAAUGAAAGGGAGAGAGACGGAGAGAUAUUGAGAUGGAGAGGGAGAGUGGGAGAGAGCGGGAAAUAUAGGGAGAGGGAGAGGGAAAGAGAUGGAGAAAAAGAGGGAGAUGGGAGAGAGGGAACAAGAAUGAGAGAGAGAGAGGACUGCCAUCAGCUCGUUGUCCUCCGAGCCGGAUGCUUUGACCUGACCUCCCAGGGGGCGCUUCUCGUUGACUGCGCUCCGCGACGCGCGAGCAGGCACCAAACCGUUUCCGCAGCUGCAUACGAACACCACCAGAAAACAGCCCCAGGCGCCCGACAAACGGAAGUCAUUACCUGUUUUGCAGAUGUGUGUGAGGCAGCGUUCGGAAAGACGGAUGGGAGGCGCACCGACGGCUGUCGAUAUAUCGAAGCGGGUGAUGCAUGCGGGCCACGUCACCCACCGCUGCCGCCUCACCUCACCUCGCCACGCCUCGCCUCACCUCGGCCAGCCUCGCCGCGCCGUCCGCAGGCCCUGCUUAUCGCGGCCGACGGCCGCUGCCUGACCUGCAGAUCGCGCCAACGACCUCCCGCAGCGGUGGUGGUGGUGGCUUUCGCGACGCGAGAGCCACAGGCUAGGAGAGGGAAAGUAGAUGGAGAGACGGACUCAAGAGUGCAGAGGGAGAGAAUGGAAAAGGGAGAGCGGACUGAACGAAAGAGCAGAACUGAAGAGGGGAGACUGAAAGAAAGCACAGACAGAAAGAGAGAGCAGACUGAAAGAGAUCACAGAGGGGUUGUACUGAGAGAGAGCUUAUUGAAAGAUAGAGCGGGCUCAAAGAGAGAGCGGGGUCAAAGAAAGAUCGGGCUCAAAAGAAGAACGGGCUCUGAGAAAGGACGGGCUCAAAGAGAGAGCGGACCUCUUUCGCACAGACCUAACUGGGACUACGCAGAUGGUCUUCCGACCUGUGUGGUGCAUGUAAGUGUGUGUGUGUGUAAGCAGGGGAGGAGGAUAGAACAAGGAAUAGGAAUCAAGAUAUCGCAUGAGGUCCGUGACCCGUUUGACCCACCCCCCCCCCCCCCCCCCCCCCCCCCCCCCCCCCCCCCCCCCCCCCCCCCCCCCCGCCCCCCCCCCCCCCCCCCCCCCCCCCCCCCCCCCCCCCCCCCCUCCCCCCCCCCCCCCCCCCCCCCCCCCCCCCCCCCCCCCCCCCCCCCCCCCCCCCCCCCCCCCCCCCCCCCCCCCCCCCCCCCUCCCGCCAGAACCACUUGGACACACACAGUCAACGAUGUUUAUCCCGUGCCACGCAACACGGACCUACCGGCCAGAACCACACAGAAACCGAUGUACCGUGCCACGCUGCUAAAUGUGGACGGUCCCCUUGCCCCGCCUAACGCCCACCAGUGCGUGGCCGUGCUGGAGAACAAUCCAAAUCAGCCUAUUAGCGGCGCAGUGAUUUGCCGUGCGGCGGACGGCGUGGCUGCGGCGCCGCUGAUAGAGCAUCAAAGGACCCCCGCCCAACGCCCACGCCCACCCCUCGGCCGGAAUUGUCCAUGUCCGUUUUUACGCGUCGCCGAAGCUCUUGCAACUCGGCGGAAUUUGCCGAGUAGAGAAGGGCGCGGAAGAACGGUGGAACCAAGAGGUAGAUGGCUGAACACAAAAAAAAAAAAAAAAAAAAAAAAAAAAAAAAAAAAAAAAAAAAAAAAAAAAAAAAAAAAAAAAAAAAAAAAAAAAAAAAAAAAAAAAAAAAAAAAAAAAAAAAAAAAAAAAAAAAAAAAAAAAAAAAAAAAAAAAAAAAAAAAAAAAAAAAAAAAAAAAAAAAAAAAAAAAAAAAAAAAAAAAAAAAAAAAAAAAAAAAAAAAAAAAAAAAAAAAAAAAAAAAAAAAAAAAAAAAAAAACAUGAACACUUGUGUUGUUCGGGGCGCUGUUGGCGUUAAAAAGUUUGCGGAGCAAAACGCGGAGAAGAGUAGAAUUGUUGGUUUGCUUCAUGUAAGAAAGCGGGCGGAAAGGGUGACAGGAAGAGAGCAAUAA